AUGAGCAAGUACAUGGAGAUCUUAGACGUCGGUGUCAGAAUGGCCGCGAGAUUUCACUCUCAUUGUCCUCAAACUGCUCGGUUGUACUACCACCCGCCCAUUGAUAACCAUCACGAACAAGGCCGAAUCAGUGUCGAUUCUUUUGGAGGAACGACCAUUAACAAUGAGUGUGUAGCCCCAUCAAGUUCUAGUGUUGCAUCCAAUGGGGCACAUAAUAUUGUUAUGGAUGUCAAAGAGUUUGUUUUCCAUUGUUCUAUUUAA